AGGUCCACCGGGUCCCCGCCGAAUACAAGCCUUCGCAAUUCGAUAAGAAAAUCCUGCUGUGGACUGGGCGUUUCAAAGCGAUGGAGGACAUCCCGCCUCGGAUCCCGCCAGAAAUGAUAGAUGCUGCAAGAAACAAGGCUCGGGUGAAAGCUUGUUACAUAAUGAUUGGACUCACCAUUAUCGCCUGUUUUGCAGUGAUAGCAUCUGCCAAAAAGGCUGCAGAACGACAUGAAUCCUUAACGAGUUGGAACCUGGCAAAGAAAGCUAAGUGGCGUGAAGAAGCUGCAUUGGCUGCACAGGCUAAGGCCAAAUGAAAUUCUAAGUGACACAGUGUUAAUCAGAGGAUCAUUACUAUUAUCAAAAACAAUAAAAGAUAGGUAAAAUAGAAUAUUUAACAAAAUAAUUGCCAUGGUUUUAUUUGGUAAAGAGAAGCACAAAGUCUUUUUACUUUUACUUUUUAG